UGCUUUUUUUUGUGUCAUAAUUUCCGUUUAGUCCGUCACCACCAACAAUCCUUUGAUUUUCCUUCUGUUUGUCAUUUACGGGUAAAUUUCUUAUACCAAGCGGCUGCAGCAUCCUUUUUCUUUUUGUCAUGGGAGCGAGUUGGGGGCGGCGGCGGAGUGCGGGGUGCGGGAGGCGCGCGGGGCGGGGGGUUCUUCUGUUUCAGUUUUCAAGCCUGGGGUUGCGGUUCUUCUUCUCUUCCUUCAUUCUUUUUUUCCUCGUUUCUUUUUGUUGUAAUAUACACCUUUUUUUUGUGUCCGAAGAUGGCGAUGGGCGUGGCGAUGGGGAACGGGUGGUUGUUGUGGUUUGUGUGCUUUUUUUUAUUCUUCCUUCCUUCCCGUUUUUCGUGUACGAAUCAUGCUCAGCUCUACUUAGGUAUGCCUACUGUCUAUAGAGGGGGGAAAUGGUUGGUUUGAUCUAGGUAUCAAAUGUCGUCGCAUUGACUGAGUGAUGAACGAUGCUUGAUGCUUGAUCCCGCUCAAUGCUAUGGUUAUGGCUAUGGCAAGUAUGCAAAUACAAAGAGAAGCCAG